AUGAGAAAUGAGUGGGAGUGGGCACUCUUGCCUCUGAGGUUUGCCAGAGGGACGGCCCAGCAGCAGCAGCAGCAGCAGCAGCUGGGAACCGUGGAACAAAAAGACAAAGCAGAUGUCCCCUGCUGGCCCUCCACCUCGGAAUGUAACCCAGGGAACAAGACUGGAGCCCCACUGGGAAUCGAAGCUGGCCUCAGAGGACCUGGAAAUCACCGUGGCAGAGGCCACAGUUGUGGCGCCGGGACCAAAGCCAGGGAACACAGCGAGGCCCUGCCUGAUCUGGGUUCUGAGAAGAAGGUGCAUGGUGCACUGCUAAAGAGAAGACAGAUUCGACUACCAAGAGCGACAGGGGCUGUCGCCCACAAACCCCUCUGGCAGGGCAAGAAGUCCUCUGCCAAAGCAAGAGGUCACAUGGCCCAGGUGGGAAAGAUCAUAUCAAUGGAGAGCUCCCAAGGGCCUCCACUCUUCUACUGGCCCCCAGCAGUUUCAUCUCCGCCCUACAUGACAGUGACCUUGGGGCAGCAAUUGAUUGUUUCUCCUUCCGUGGAGCUCCAUGAGGCUGUUGCCUCAUCCAACCCAAUCUCGGAUCUGAGCCCCCUGCCAUGUUCCACCAUGGAGCAUCAUCCACCAGAGCAGCAGGUCCCUGCAGAGAAGUUGGGGUUCCGGAAACUUGGGCGGGAGAAGCUAAGUGGAUGUGGCCCCACUACCUCUGACCAGCCCUCGGUUUCUGCGAUCUUAGAGUGUCAGGAGACACUGGAGGCUGCCGAGGCCCUGAUGACGCUGAAGAACUCUUCUUGGACCUGGCGCCAGACCCACAGCUAA